UACUACGGGUCCAUCGCCCUGGGCACGCCGCCGCAGCCCCUCGAGGUCAUCUUCGACACGGGCUCCGCGGACUUUUGGGUCGCGAGCAAGGGCUGCGACGCGUCCUGCGCCGGCCUCGACGUCUUCGACAGCGCGGCGAGCGCGACGUACGAGGCCGACGGCAAGGCCUUCUCCAUCAACUACAUCGACGGCGACGCGGUCCACGGCGCGCGGGCCUACGACACGAUGACCUGGGCGGGCCUGGAGGUGCCCCACCAGGCCUUCGCGGAGAUCGAGGGCAUGGGCGACUUUUACGUCUGCGGCGGCGAGGACGGUUUGUUGGGCCUCGCCUUCGGGUCGCUGAGCCACCUCAAGGCGGCGACGCCGCUGGAGAACAUCCUGCCGCAGCUGGACGCGCCGAUCUUCGCCUUCCACGUGCCCAACGGCGGCGACGACGACGCGGGCGAGCUGACGCUCGGCGGCGUGGAUCCCGCAAAGUUCCGCGGCAACCUGACCUGGGUGGACCUCGCGCCGCCGCACCACCGCAACCGGCGCGACUACUGGGACGUGCCCCUCGAGGGCGUGACCUUCGGCGACCUCGCCCUGCCGACGGACCGGAGCCGCGCCGUCGUCGACACGGGCACGACGCUGAUCGUC